GAGUACGUGGCUGCGCAGUCCGUUCUUGACGAAAUACAUGGAAGGCCAGAAAAAGUAUCUCACGCCAACAAGAGCGAUUAUACGCUUGGUCGCAUCGGAAAGCACAAUGUUGUUAUUGCUGCUUUGCCUUAUGGAGAAUAUGGAACAGCGUCAGCGGCGACAGUUGCAGCAGACAUGUCGCAUAACUUCCCCAAUCUCAUGGUUCGUCUGGUGGUUGGCAUCGGAGGCGGCGUGCCAAGUAAAAGAAACGACAUCCGCUUGGGCGAUAUUGUGGUCAGCGCUUCUGGUGAUGGUAAGAGUGGCGUUAUGCAGUAUGAUUUUGGCAAGACCAUUCAGGAGCAACCUUUUCGGCCAACGCGAUUUCUAGACCAGCCGCCCAUGAUCCUCAGAACCGCGAUGAGUGGAUUGAUGGCGCAAUACGAGCGCGAAGGCCAUAGCAUUUCUGAUUGUGCAACAUCCUGUGGCGAUAACUCAUUGAUUGCACGACCGAGACGAACUCAAGAGAGUAAUGGCCCAAUUAUUCACUAUGGACUGAUUGCUUCCGCAAAUCAGUUAGUGAAAGACGCUAUACUUCGCGAUAAACUGGCUUCGGAAUAUGAUAUACUCUGCUUUGAGAUGGAGGCCGGUGGUCUCAUGAACCAAUUCCCAUGUUUGAUUAUUCGAGGGAUAUGUGACUAUUCGGACUCACAUAAGAAUAAGGCAUGGCAGGGUUAUGCCGCAAUGACAGCCGCCGCGUAUGCUAAAGACCUUGUUAGACGACUCCCCCCAAUCGAGUUUAGCAUUCCACAAGCCACGGACAAUCUCUCCUUAGGUCAAUCCCAACUUAAAGAAGACAAGCUAUAUUCAGCCAGUGCCGAGCAGAUAAGUAAAUUACUGGAGUCACUACGAUUCGAUCAAAUCGAGGCUCGUCAAACGACUAUUAAAAAGGCCCACGCCAAGACAUGUCGAUGGUUGCUGCGUAAGCCCGAAUAUCUUGAUUGGUUGGACACUGACAAGAUCAACGAGCAUCAUGGAAUUCUAUGGAUCAAAGGCAAGCCUGGAACAGGAAAAUCAACACUUAUGAAGUUCGCUUUUAACAAUGCUAAAAAGACGAUGAGAGAUAAAGUCAUCAUCAAUUUUUUUUUUAAUGCACGAGGAGAGGACUUGGAGAAAUCUACAAUUGGAAUGUAUCGAUCAAUUUUGUUGCAACUCUUCGAAAAGCUACCACUUCUUCAAGAUACGCUUGAAUUACCCAAAUUAGCACCACCGCCUGGCAAAGAUUACCACUGGAGUGUAGAGGCAUUGACGAACUUAUUGGAUCAAACUAUUCAAAAUCUCAAAGAAUCGAGCGUCGUGUGUUUCAUUGACGCUUUGGAUGAAUGCGAAGAAAUCCAAAUUCGGAAUAUGAUGGAAUUUUUUGAACGCAUGGGUGAAUCCGCUACGGCUGGAAGUUUUCGUGUGUGCUUUUCAAGCCGUCACUACCCUUAUAUCUCAAUUUCCAAAGGGUUGAACCUGACCCUCGAAGGCCAAGAGGGACACACUCAAGACAUGGUUAGCUAUAUCAAUAGUGAACUGAAGAUUGGGAGUAGUGUUCUUGCGAAUCAAUUACGCGCCGAGCUGCAAGAAAAGGCAUCAGGUGUCUUUAUGUGGGUUGUUUUGGUUGUUAGUAUCCUAAAUAAGGAACAUGACAAAGGCCGCAUUCAUGUUUUACGGAAAAGAUUACAAGAGAUCCCGGCAGAUCUCCAUCAAUUAUUCCGCGACAUUUUAACACGCGAUCGUCAGGAUACAAAUGAGUUACUUCUCUGUAUUCAGUGGGUGCUUUUCACGAAACAACCUUUACGGCCGGAACAGUUAUACUUUGCCUUGCUGUCCGACGUUAUAUAUGAGUGGAACCCGAGCGAAAUUACCCUCUUUGACAUGGAAAGGUACAUAUUAAAUUCAUCUAAAGGCCUCACAGAAAUAACCAAAUCCAACGCUCCGACCGUUCAAUUUAUACAUGAAUCGGUCAGAGACUAUCUCAUGAAAGAAAAUGGGCUAAGGGAUAUUUGGCCUGAUCUUGAGGCACAUGUUUGCGGAGAGAGCCACGAGCGACUGAAACAGUGUUGUCUGAAUUACGUUACUAUUGGCAAAACUGCUUAUUUACAAGCUAGUGAUGUCUGGGCAAGACCAUCGUCCCAAGAAGCAAAAGCCCGGCGCCAAUCAGCAAACUCUUCCUUUCCAUUCUUAGAAUAUGCUGUUAAGAAUAUUCUUCAUCACGCGAACGAGGCUGAGGCAAAUGGUGUCAAUCAAGAUGAGUUUCUCAAAAAAUUUCGAUUGGACCAUUGGAUUCAGCUUGACAACUUUUUCGGAAAAUUUGCUACACGGCAGCACACAAAGCAAGCGAGCCUUUUGUAUAUUCUAGCCGAAUUGAACAUGAGCCAUCUGAUCAAGCGCUGCCCAGACAGAAUCUCUUUCCUAAAAAGAGAAGGAGAACGCUACGGAACGCCAGUAUUUGCAGCCUUGGCGAUGAAUAAUUCCGAAUCAGUCCGAGUGUUUUUAGAUGACUAUUUGGAGAUUGAGCCUUCAUUUCGUGGUAUUAUUGACAACUAUUACAAUGAUGGUACUGAAGGAUACAAUCUUGGACGAGGCUUCACGUUUUCCGAAGAACUUUGCCGUACACCAUUGUCAUAUGCAGCACAAUCUGGCAGUGAAGCUACAGUUAAACUAUUGCUUGAGAGACGAGCGGAAAUUGAUGCUAAAGACAACACAAGAAGGACGCCAUUAUCAUAUGCAGCAGAGUCUGGUAGUGAAGCUAUAGUUCAACUAUUGCUUGAGAGAGGCGCAGAAGUUCAUGUUCAAGAUAAUGACGAAAGAACACCAUUAUCUUAUGGAGCACAGCAAGAUAAUGAAGCUGUACUUGAAGCUUUGCUUCAUAGAGGUGCAGAAAUUGAAGUUAAGGACAAACUCGGCAGGACGCCAUUACUAAUUGCAACACAUCAUGCAAGUAGUACUGUGGUUGAACUA